UGUGGAGUUGGCUAAUCAGUCGGUUUACAAGCGAAUAUUAGGACAAAUCAGCACCAGAUCGAUGACACUGCAAAGCAAACGUUAAGUCCACCUAGCCAUAACUACGUACGUUUUGAGCUAAACAUGGAAGACGAUGCACCUGUCAUAUAUGGUCUUGAGUUUCAGGCCCGCGCACUAACAGCCCAGACAGCCGAAACGGAUGCUAUCCGCUUCCUCGUGGGAACGCAGUCUCUGAAAUUUGACAACCAGAUACACAUCAUUGACUUUGAUGAUGAAAAUAACAUCAUUAAUAAGAACGUCCUCCUGCACCAGGCCGGGGAGAUAUGGCACAUCAGCGGCAGUCCCGUCGAUAAAAGCGUGUUGACAACGUGCUACAACAAAACCUCCGACUCUAAGGUGGUAGCGUGUGCGGCUGUGUGGAGGAUGCCUGCGGAAUGGGAAUCAGGCGCUCAUGAAUCCCCAGACGAUUCAUCAAACAACCCACAGACCCUGGAGCUCCUCUGUCACCUUGACAACACAGCCCACGGCAACAUGGCCUGCGUUCUGUGGGAGCCCAUGGGCGACGGGAAGAGGCUGAUCUCGCUGGCCGAUAACCACGUGCUGCUGUGGGACCUUCAGCAGAGCUCCAGCACGGCCGCGAUCUCCAGCUCGGCGACGCUGGAGGGGAAGGGUCAGCUGAAGUUCACCUCUGGGAAGUGGAGCCCCCACCACAACUGCACCCAGCUGGCCACCGCCAACGACACCGCCAUCCGGGGCUGGGACAUCCGGAGCAUGAGUCAGAUAUACUGCAUCGAGAACGCCCACGGUCAGCUGGUGCGAGACCUGGACUUCAAUCCCAACAAGCAGUACUACCUGGCCAGCUGCGGCGACGACUGCAAGGUCAAGUUCUGGGACGUGAGGAACAUCGGGGAGCCGGUGAAGACCCUGGAGGAGCACUCCCAUUGGGUCUGGAGCGUCCGCUACAACCACUCCCAUGACCAGCUGGUCCUGACGGGCAGCAGCGACAGCCGGGUCAUCCUGUCCAACAUGGUGUCCAUCUCGUCCGAGCCCUUCGGCCACCUGGUGGAUGAGGACGAACUGAGUGACACCGAGGAGAACAACCAAGAGGAGAAGUGCAAGGAGCCGCUCCAGGACAGCAUCAUCGCCACCUACGAGGAGCACGAGGACAGCGUGUACGCCGUUGAGUGGUCCUCGGCCGACCCCUGGCUCUUCGCCUCGCUCAGCUACGACGGGAGGCUCGUCAUCAACAGGGUGCCGCGGGCCCUCAAGUACCGCAUCCUGUUAUAGGCCCCCGAAACUGCAACACACCAAGCCCCGCACCCCUCCCCCCUGUCCCCUCGCCCCUCACCACACUGGCCUUUCUGAGUGAACAGUGACCUGAAGAAGGGAGGGAGGGAGGGAGGGAGGGAGAGAGAAGGAGGAGAGAGGAGCAGGAAA